AUGUCGGUUAUCUUCUUUCGUGACUCCGGAUGCGGACGUCCCUCAUUGAGUGCAACCACCAAACUCCCCCUAGGCUGGUGCCUUAAUGUGCCACCGAAUGUCUUCAGCAUAACGGUCGACGCAUUUGCCGCGUGCCCAAACAGUGGCACGCCGGUUCUUAUCGUCUCCGCAAAGUCGAACUGCCCAAAUCCUGACUACCUGUUGACGGAGUCUUCGACCUCGUCGUCCAAGCUGGCAACAUCAACGACCAGGGCACCCAGCAUUCCACGACCGACCGUCACAGAAUCGUGCAGGCCUGGAGACAACGCCAAGACGGCAGGCGGUGGAGAUUCGCAAGAAGACUCGAGCAGCUGCCCGCAGGCUCUUUCUGAAAGAGCCAAUAUGGGCUCUCCCAGUGGAAGAUCUGGAGAAUCCUCAGGAGGGAGCUCGUGGGGGCCUGCCGGAGGUGGUGGUGGUGGUGGAGGUGGAAGGGAAAGCGGCGGGGGAACUUCUUCAGGCUCUUCGGACGGCAGCUCGGACAGCAGCUCGGACUCCAGUGAGAGGGACUGGGUGAUGAUCACAGCGAACGGGGGUUGUUAUUCUUUACCAUCCGGGGAUAACAUUGGGAGCAUCGAAUUUGCGUGUCCGGCGCUUACAGGGCCGGGGCCGACUGCGACGGCAGUUCUCUACAGCGGCGGAGCUCGUCGACCCUUUAGGAAGUCUAUGCUGGUCAUUUCUUGCGUUGUAUCGUGCAUUCUUGCAUUUACAGCGGCGGGCAUGGUUGUUGCAUAG